UCCUUCUCCUGUAAAUUGAGUGCCCGCUGAUCAUCCCAAGGAAGGGAGAGAGGUCUAAUCGAAACGAUGGCAAGCGCAUAUGAGUGGAUGGCUCCCCCCGUUGUUCAACACCCUGCCUUCCCAUGCAAACCCCUCUCCCUCGUUCAAAGGUCGCCAACCCCAGAUCCUGUCUGCUGCAACGCCUGCAGUUUUCCCAUCACUGGCUUCCGUUACAACUACUGCUCUUACAACCUCCACCCUUACUCUGCAGGCAUUUCCCCCCAAUCUCUACAUUCAACAUCCUCCCCUUCCUGCCCCCCCCUCACCUCGCCACCCUCAUGUUCUUCCCUCCCUAUCUGAGUGGGCAAUUCACCUGCGACAUCUGCAGAAAACUGGGUGGCUCUCACUGGCUCUACCGCUGCACAGUGUUCGAUGACUUCGACACUCAUUUAGGUUGUGCGAUCAAUGCGGCGCAGCUUCAGUUUCGACUGCACCCAGCUCAAUAUUGCCCGCCAAUGACUCCUGUCUAUCGACCUUCUAAUAGUGGUGGUGGUGGUGGUACCGCAUACGCCUCAACUCCCUCGUCCGAUCCCUGGAAAAAAAUCGGGAAGUGUAUGUGGGCUGCCUUGCGUUUGUCUGACUUAGCCUUUGGUACUGGUGGUUUGAUUAACCUUGGUUCCUCCCUCUUUGAUACCCUGGAUCAGCUGUUGGGAGACUCUUGAAUUUCUGAACAGCACCACAUAGACUAAGUUCUACAGCUUCAUUCGAGUCUGCAGCAAUAUGUGUGUGACCUUUUCAUGAUGUGUAACCUAAAUAAACUAUAAGACU